AAACAGGAGGCUUAAGGCUUCAACAAACACAGACUGAGAGAGAGGGAGAGAAAGAUGGCAAGUCGGUUUCUCAGGUUCCUAGGGUUGAGCCGAACGCCCAUGUCGGAUCAAGCUGAUGGUCGCAAGUCCCAGGCGUUCCAACACAUCGCCGCCGGGUAGCGACCAUGUCGGUGAAGCCGACCUUCUCUCAAGAAAGCUCGAUUGUCGGGAUUGCUCAUGGGAGUGAUGAGAUUUCUUGCGACAGUAGAGAGGAAUCCGAGAUGUUUUCAUGUGAAGUUGCGAGGAAAGAAAGCGAGAGCUCCAUUUCCGAAGAGGCUACCCAGGUCAGGAUGACGUCAACCCAGUCGCUCACGUUGCCUGCACAGUUGCUAGACCUGGUGCUUGCAAUGAAGCUGACCCGACCCGACAUCUUGCGAGUGACGCCCGCCUAUUGCGCCCUUCGGGCCGGUGCCAUUGCCUUCCAGUCAGCAUCCAACGUUGAUCUGCACCAGCAGAGCUUUGUGAGCCACAGAAUCAGACGAUUUUGGUCCCACUCUUGGCAUGGAGACCGCUUCAAGAAAUAUCUCACCGUGCUGGUGCUCUACAAAGGCACACCUGCCAUCUUUGUGGGUUCCUUCAUGGCUUUACUUCCUAUGGUCCUCUUUCCGCUGCUGCCCGACAUGCCUGGAAUUGCCGGAUUUGCAGACAUGCGGUUUUCUCCUUGGUCUGUAUGCAUUGGCGUUACCUUCACCAUCUUGAUGUUUCUUCUUUGGAAGCCACAUCAGCAGGUCUUCUUCGAUCAGAUUUGCAUCAACCAGAAAGACAGGAGGCUGAAGAUGGAGGCGAUUCUGAGCCUCUCAGGUCUAUUGAAGAGAUCAGAGGAGAUGUUUGUUCUGUGGGAUUCGACGUGGACACAGAGAUUGUGGUGUUUAUUUGAACUCGCUGCCUUUAUGAAAAGUAAGGAUUCAUCUGGCAGCGUUCAAAUCCUCACCAUCCGACCUACGUUCAUUGGCCCUUGCAUGACGGUCAUUUUCCUCAUGUCUUUCUUGGCGGUGCUUCCACUGGUCUUCUUGAGAGGAGAGAACAUGGAUCUUAUGAUGCUCACUGCUGGAGCGAUAUUGCUCGCUUGCGUGUUGCCUGCGCUGGUGGCUAGUAUGGCCUUCAGGAGUUAUUUUCGCUCCGUGGAUGUUCUUGAAGAUCAGCUACGUACGGCCAAUUUGGAUGAAGCACGAUGCAGCUGCUGCGACUGUGGGCAUGUGUCGCAAGAUGGGCAAUCUAUGAUUUGCGAUCGAGUGGUGGUGAAGGAGUGCAUCAAGAUUUGGUUUGGAAACCAGGAAGCCUUUGAGACGUGUCUCCACUCUGAGGUGUUGGAUACCUUGUCGUCAAAGUUGCGCUAUGGUUUCUUUACCAAGAAGUACUGCCUGGCCAUGACCAUGCCAAUCCUUUGGGCCUUCAUGGACAUCUCUGCAUCUUGGGCAGCGCAUGCCUGGUGGGAUUUUUCAGUGGAAUGGCUUCUCGCUGGACUUACCGUUUCUCACUUUGGCCAAAAAAUACUUAUCCUUUUGACCUUUUGCCCUCCGGCUUUCUCAGUGUUGAAGUGUUGUUCCACGUAGGCGAAGCCCAUUCUGCAUGUCCGGAAGGAAUUGUGCAUGUUUUUUGUUCUGGAUGUGGCCCCGCGAGGUCUGGUUCAUUUGGAUCCCUUUGACUUUUGAGUGGUUCGUGUAUUUAGCACACCAACAUCGGCAAAAGGCCAGCACUUGUUGCCGCGACCUGCUGCGAAGCAUCAUGGUCAUCCUUUUGGCAGCACCUAUGAUAGUCAUUCUCGCAGCAAUCUUUGUGGGUCACGCUGUUUUGGUUUCAAAAUUGUGGGAACUCUAUGGACCUCACCAUCGUUACUUGGCCUCCUUAGAUUUGGCCUUUGCGGUGCUUUUUGCGGCUGCGCUUCUAGGGUUGCUGUUCCAAGCGAUGCCGGCUGCUCGGUUUUCGCGUGGUCCACGUGAGAGUCACGGUGAGACUACCGAAUCCUGAGCGUCCACCGCAAGA